UGACAGUUUUCAACUCAGUUCACAACACAAUCGAACAGAUCAGUUACAAUGCAAAAAUUUACCCCAGCAGUGUUGGCUAUCCUUUUGGCCUCAGUUUUUAUCAGCUUAGCUUUCGAUGAAGUGGUUCCGGAACAUUGCACGAAGGACACCUUCUGCAAUCCCUUCAAAUGCUGCCGCCCUCCAUUGCUGCUGGACAACGAAAUCGUCAGCGAAUGCCUGGCCAAGCACAACCAGACGCAUCCAAAACUACCGGAGUGUAUGUCGGAGUGUCUGGUCAAUCGGACCGGAAUCUACGAAGACUCGCAGGACAUCGAUGACAAGCUGGCGCUGAAGGUUUUCAAGGAUAACGUGGCGGCCAAAUCGAUCUGGACUCCGGUCAUUGUGAGCGCAACCAAGGAGUGUUUGGCCAAGGCCAAGAAGGAAGCGCCCAAGGUGGAACAACAGGUGGAGAAACUGCGUGCCGAGUUCCCGAAGCGACACAUUUGCUCCCCGAUGGCCGGCAUGAUCAUGGAGUGUGUUCACACCACUGUUUAUAAGAACUGCCCAGCCUCGCUCUUCAACACAACCAACCCGAAAUGUAUGCAGAUCAAAAACUUUAUGAGCAAAUGCCCUCCAUCGCUAGUUUUUGUACGCCAAGAAUCCCAGGAAAAGGAUAAGAAAGUAAAACAAUAAUUAAACCAGGAAAUAACAUGUGUGUUAACUUUAAAAAUUAGCUUAAUUU